UAUAUGUUUAUGUUUGACUUUUAUGAGGCUGUGCUUUUAUAUUUGCUUAUUUAUAUUUGUAUUUUAUAUUUUUAAAUAAUUUGUUGUUGUUGAUAAGUGAUAAUAAUUCCAAUAUAUUUUUCGUUUGCCUAAAAAUUAUAUUUUUAUUGGAUUGCACUCUUGCACUUUGCUUUUUAACCUAAAAAGUAGAAUAUCAGAUCAACGGUAUCAGAGAGAACUUUGGACCUUGUGCUUGCUUUUACUUCUGUUUCUCAAAAUUUAGAUUAUUAGGGAUUGUUUUGCAUCAAAAUGGCCAGUCUGACUUUAAUUAAAAGGUCCUUUUCCACUACAACUGCCAGAAAUGUUAUCAACAAUGUUACUGUUAUCGGAGGAGGUCUUAUGGGAUCUGGAAUUGCUCAGGUCUCGGCACAAAGCGGCAACACAGUCACUCUGGUAGAAGUAAAUUCAGACCUUCUCAAAAAAGCGCAAAGCAGCAUCGCAAACAAUUUAUCCCGAGUAGCCAAGAAACUCCACAAGGAUGACCCGAACGCGGCUCAGAAGUUUGUCGAAGAAACUCGAAGCAGAAUUCGUGGUGCAACGGAUCCAACUGAGGCAGUACAAGAUGCCGAUCUUGUAGUGGAAGCUAUUGUGGAAAAUAUAAAAAUCAAACACGAUUUGUUCAAGGCUCUCGAUAAGGCUGCUCCUGUCAAAACUUUGUUUGCUUCAAACACUAGUUCAUUGUCUAUUGGAGAAAUUGCAUCAGUUGUUAAUAGGAAGGAUAGAUUUGGUGGUCUACAUUUCUUCAAUCCAGUGCCCGUAAUGAAACUUUUAGAAAUAGUAAAAAUUCCAGAACAAUCUGAAGAAACUUACCAGGCAUUUUUAUCUUGGGGCAAAUCCAUUGGAAAAUCUUGUGUCACUUGCAAAGACACUCCCGGAUUCAUAGUCAACAGAUUAUUGGUACCUUACAUUGCUGAAGCCAUUAGAAUGUUGGAAAGGGGCGAGGCCUCUCCAAGAGACAUUGAUACUGCCAUGAAAUUGGGAGCGGGCUACCCGAUGGGACCCAUCGAGCUGGCGGACUAUGUGGGUCACGAUACCAUUUCCUUUAUAAUGGACGGAUGGCAUCAGAAAUUCCCUGAUAAUCCUCUUUUCAAGCCAAGUGUUUCUAUGAAAAAGUUGGUGGAAGAAAAAAAGUUGGGAGUUAAAAGCGGAGAAGGGUAUUAUAAGUAUAAUAAGUAACAAAUUAUUUUAUGAUUGAUUUUGUUUCAAUUUUAUCAAAAACUUUUUGCUUAUGAAUUUUGUUUAGAUUGAUAGCUACUGCUUGUUUUUAUAUAUAUAUAUUAUACACUACUUUAUAUUAUGUUAAGCUCAAAUGAAUAAAUUUUACAG